CCUGUCACCCAAAAUGUCAGCCCUCUGAAAGCAAAUGCGCCGGGGUUAUUAUGAUUACAGUGCUCUUUCUUUUAAAGUUUCGUUUAUAUAUAUAAAUUCGUAUAUUUAAUUUUAUCGUGUGAACAUUACAUCAUCAUUAUUUCUCCUCCCUGUCUUCUUCAUGGCGUGAGGCUACAAGCGGAACCGAAACAUGUCGUUUUCUAUGGUGAAACGGUGCUGUGGGACGCCCCUGUUUAGACGUGUGCUGCAGUUUAAAAUGUGCAGAAGGAAGAGUCAAGACUCUAAUGUGACCUACACAGUGUUCAGACACCGCUGGAUGAAAGCACUGCCUGUGCUAUGCAGCAGCUCCAGGAGGCUAAGCACCCAGUCCGACAAGGAUGCUGUGGACCUGUCCAAAUUCCCUGUGGACAGAAUCAGGAACUUCUGCAUCAUCGCCCAUAUUGAUCACGGGAAAAGCACCUUGGCUGACAGACUGCUGGAAAUGACUGGUGCUAUAGCGAAGACGGAGAAGAACAAACAGGUGCUGGACAAGCUGCAGGUGGAGCGAGAGAGGGGGAUAACCGUAAAGGCCCAGACAGCGUCUUUGUUUUUACAACCACGAGGGGCAGCGGUACCUCCUGAACCUCAUUGA